UGAUAGACCUUAUUCUUACGAAACUGACGUUCAGUCUCCACAGAUUCUUCACAAGUUUUAUGAGUGUCUUGAGGACCACUGGACCACACCAGUAGUGUACAGAAAAGAAAAAAAAAGUCGUUUCGAUGCACAGUUGUUACUCUUUCUUUUCGUAACUUUGGCUAGUUUCGAAAUUACGAUGUGACGUAUAUUGUAGAGAUACUUUUAGUUUCACAUUCUGCCUGUCCGACCAGGUAAGAGAACUGUCAUGCAACUUUGCAGACUAAAGUAGCUCAUUUGAAUGCAAACAACAGCGGAUCUUUGUCAUCUUACCACUUCAGGAAAUUACAAUGUUUACGACGUUGAAAUAUUCCAUCCAAGCACCAGAAAGUGUCCAAAACACUGCUAAGGCAUUCAAGAAUAAAAUUAAUGAGAGGAUGUAUGUAAACAUUAUUAAAAAGGCGAAAGCAGGGAAGGAGAGUGAUAUUAAUUUAGUUUUCUUUCCAAUUGUUUCUCGCACUGGAACUGAUAUUGAAGCUGCUCUCUGUACAAUUACUGGCAAUAAGCCGACCAUUUUAGUCGCACUUCAUCACACUUUUGAUCCUGAGUGCAUUGUGUCAGAUAGCAGUAAAUUUGUGACAAGGGACAACACACUUACAUUGGACUGUCUGUUCCACGAGGAUAAAGGAUUAUUGGAGUGCAAUAGAAAUGUUGAAGCUUAUGAUAAAGCUGCAAAAUGGCUGAAAAAACAAAAGAAAACACAGAAGAAAUACAGAAGUGAUGAACAGAGCUUAAAAGGACCUGAUGCCUCCAGCCCUGCAAGCUCCUGAAAAAUCUUCUGAAGACCAAAAAUAACAGUCAAGGCUCUACAGGAUUGAAUGAUUUCUCACCAAUUAAUUCAUUAAUGAGUAACUAUAUUUUCCAAAGCCUGAAAAGCCAACUUUGUUAUUUUAAAGGGGGGCAAACUUUCAGCUGAAAUUCUUCACAGGUGAACUUGAAAAGUGAAAGACAUGAGACUAACUCUCAUCACUUUAAACGCUUUCAGAUUUUAUUUCAUUUACAUUGAUGAUUGCCGCCAAUGUCAGUGGUGAAGAACCCCUGUAUUAUGUUUAAACUGAUUAAAUAUAAUCAAUUACAUUUA